UUAAUAUAUAUAACAACACCAUCUUGCAUUUAUAACAUAUAUACAAACAAACAAAGAACAAAAAAUGGUGGGGUUUGAAGAAUAUGGUCAAGAAUGUUUUCAUGUUACUCAGCCUGAUCCUGUUGUGUUGGAACUCAACAGGCUGCAGAACUUGCUCAAAGAGAAGGAUCGCGAGUUGGGGUUUGCGCAUAGCGAGAUUAAAGCGAUGAAAGCGGCUGAUGUUUUGAAAGAAAAAUCGCUAGAAGAGAUGGGAAACAUGGUAGAAAAACUCGACAACAAGAUCAGGAACACCGAAAACCUUCUUGAGCAAAAGAAUUUGGAUAUCAAGAAACUAGUAACAGAGAAGAAAGAAGCAGUAGCUGCACAAUUUGCAGCAGAAGCAACUCUUCGAAGGGUGUAUGCGAAUCAAAAGGAUGACGAUUCAGUCCCAAUCGAUUCCAUUAUCGCUCCUCUAGAGGCCGAUAUUAGAAUGUACAAACACGAGAUUGCAGUGCUACAAGAGGAUAAAAAGACACUAGAAAGACAUACAAAAUCAAAAGAAGCAGCCUUGCUUGAAGCAGAGAGAAUUCUGAGAAGUGCUUUAGAAAGAGCUUUGAUUGUAGAAGAGGUUCAGAAUCAGAAUUUUGAGCUACAAAGACGAAUCGAGAUUUGCCAGGAGGAAAACAAGAUCUUAGAGAAAACGAACCGUCAAAAGGUUUUAGAGGUUGAAAAGCUCAGUGAAACCAUUAAAGAACUCGAGGAAGCUAUUCUCGCAGGUGGAGCGGCUGCAAAUGCUAUUCGUGACUUCAAGCGUCAGAUUUCGGAACUACAAGAGGAGAAAAGAACAUUAGAAAGGGAGCUAGCAAGAGCAAACGUCUCAGCCAAUCGCGUCGCAACGACAGUGGCUAAUGAAUGGAAAGAUGAGAAAGAUAAGGUCAUGCCUGUAAAGCAAUGGUUGGAAGAAAGGAGGCUUAUGCAGGCGGAAAUGCAACGGUUAAGGGACAAAUUGACCAUAUCAGAAAGAACCGCGAAGAGUGAAGCACAACUUAAAGAAAAAGUGAAGCUAAGACUAAAGACACUCGAAGACGGAUUAAAGCAGUCAAGUUAUGGAUCACCAAGAGUCGAAAAGUCAACUCAUUUGUUCGGGAUCUUGUCAAGUAAUGGUGGAAGGAAGAGAUCAACGUCACAGCCAAGGGGUUCAUCGUUGGGCUCACGAAAACCAGACGUUGAAUCUGAAACAAAACAGAUUAAUGGCGCUAAUAAGAAUUUGGUGAGGCAAGGUUUAUGGGCUUCUCGGAGUAAGGUUGUUGAUAGAGACGAAAAGGAGAAUAACGAAAUGAUCGUUGAAAAUACGAGUGCUUUGAAGUUUGAUAAGUUUAAGGAUGAAGAUAGGAAAACUACCAAAUCUUUCGCGGGUGACGGUGAUGAUGUUGUUUCGGGGUUUUUAUAUGAUAAACUUCAGAAAGAGGUGAUUAGUUUAAGGAAGUUUUGUGAGAUGAAAGACACCAGUUUGAAUGCAAAAGAUGAGGAAAACAAGGUGCUAAUGAAGAAGGUUGAAAACUUAGUAAAAGCACUAGAACAAGAGUCAAAGAAGUGGAAAAGAGAAGCAGCCACAAGAGAUAAGAAUUUAACAUCCAUAAAGACAGAUGAACAGAAACCGGUCAAAAACUUAAACUCGUCAAAAAGUUUCAGGGCUGCAAAAGCAUCUUGAAGGCUCACUUGAACAUAGUGUGAAUGACUCAUUGGGGCUUGGAGACUUAUUGUGCUAAUUAUAAUUUAUACCCUGUGUACAUUACCAUCAUUUUAUAAGUUAUAACAAUCCAUGUUGUAUCAAAAUAUUUGAACCUUUUAAGGUUGUUGUUUUGUAAUUUGGAGUGAGUUAAUUUAUGAUGUUUGGUUUUAUCUUUA